AUGGGUUUGAACAUCGUGCAAUUAGGCCUUCGCGCCUGGCAGUUCCUUUGGACCCUCCUCAUCAUGGCCCUCGUCGGCAACAUGAUCGCCGACUCUAUCUCCGGCAACCCAUCGACAGUUAACUACGCGAUUUUCUGUUCUGUCUUCUCGAUGCUCACGCUCUUCUAUACGAUCCCCGCAUCCUUCAACAUCAACUGGGCCGGCCACCCGAUCAUCAUGAUCGUCACUGACGCCCUUAACACCGUCUUCUUCUUCUGCGCCGCUAUCGCGCUCGCAGCCAAGCUCGAGUGCCACUCCUGCAACAACAAGUCUUACCUUGUUAGCAACGAGAUCACCAACGGCGCAACCAACAUGACCAAGCGCUGCCGCGAGGCCCAAGCCUCCACCGCCUUCCUCUGGUUCGCGUGGGCCGGAUACAUGGCCUCGGUCGUGGUGUCCGUAUUCAUGUCUCGCGCGGCGACAACGAGCGUGCGCAGCCGCACCGGUAGCCGUCGUGGUGGUGCGCCCAGCAUGGCGCAAGUCUAA